AUACAUUUAGUUCCAAAUUUGUUUGAGUAACGGUACUGUUAAUUUCCUGAGCUGUCGUUUUGUGGUUCAGUUUUCAACGUCUGCUUUUUCAGAAUGUAACUUGAUAUAAAUAACGAUGACGUUAAACGCUUGCAAACGCGACGCUUUUUACUCUCUGCGAUUUGGAGACUUAUCGGAUGAAAUGCAGUUAUCAAUUCAAAAUCCUACCUCAUCCAAAGUCAUAUCUUUCCACCCUAAUAUUUACAGCAAACUCAUUUGGGGCCGCAGUUUCUUAAAAAUAUCAGCUCCAAAGGUGAAAGUCGUUCCCGAAAAUGAUGACAAGAUUCCGAUAACUGACACGGUUUCCCAAAAUGACCAGAUUCUCAAAAGCCAUCAGAUUUCAAACGGUUAUAUUCCGCAAACUUCUCUGCUAGAUCAAUCAGAAUCGCAAGAUCGGAUACACGACAGCAGUUCACCGCCACCACAAAUAAUCGAAGAAAGUGAUCUGAAUGAUCAAAUUGUCACGAAAGAAAACUAUGAUCAACAGUCUUCAGACUCCACUCAGAAUGGAUUUUACAGUCAGGAAGAAUUCAAAUCUGAAAAUAACUCACAUCCGAAUGGUCUCAUCGCGAAACACGAUAUUUCUGAUGUAACAGAAAAGGCGGAACAUUUAAAUCUAGAAGAAGAUAAAAGUUCAGUAAAAGCAGCAAAACCAGUUAUGUGGAGCCAGUUAUUUUCUGGUCAAAAAGCUAAAUCUAUCACUGUAACUGCACCGCCACCUAUCUCAUUAGCCGAAGAAAGCAGUAAUCGUGACGAAUUGAUUGCUCUGGACCAAUUCACAUUUGAAAUUGAUUCCAAGUUGAGGCAAGUUAGAUAUUCAAAUUUACCACGCGUUGUACAUUUGAAUCCCCGAGGUUUGAACAACUUCGGCAAUCAGUGCUUCAUGCAUUCGGCUUUACAAGCUUUAGUGAACCUUCCUCAGUUUUAUUACAUGUUGGUUAUGCUUCCGAACCGAACAACCCACGAUUUGAAAUGCAGCACGACUCCUAUUCUGGACUCCCUGAAAGAAUUCGUCAGUAACUUCAAAGUUUAUAAGAGUGACAAUAGAGGAAAGCAGAGACAGCAGGGUAAAGCGAUGUCUGAGUUUUCGAUUGAGAGUCCCUUUUCCCUGAUGAAGAGUCUGUUGAGUCAUAAGAUCGUGGCACAGGGACAGCAGGAAGAUGUCGAGGAGUUCCUCUUUUCAAUUCUCGAUUCUCUUCACGAGGAGUUUUCUGCAGUCCAAAAUGUAUACAGAAGACCAGAAGAAAAACGAUCUCCAAAUGCAUCAGAACUUGGAAUUGACGACGCUGAUUCGUCCGAUGCAGGAACUGACGACAAUUGGAUCUCAAUGGGUCCCAAAAGACGAGGAAAAGUGGAACGAGAAGUCCAUUCAAACGAGAGCAUUGUCACCCAAAUAUUCGGAGGUCAAAUGGUCACUGAAGUCAGGAAAAAGUCCCAAAAACCAUCCUGCACGAAACAGAGAUUUUUCACACUUCGUUUGGACAUCAAAGAUGAAACCAUUAAAAAUGUCCCUGAAGCUCUAAUUAAAACGUUCUCAAAAGAGGUAAUAGAACAAGAUGGUGUGAACGAGUUAACACAGUUGUCCUACAUUUCAAAACUCCCCGAAACUUUAAUUCUGCAGCUCAAGCUAUUUGUGUACAACGCCGAAGACAAUGUCGUGGAAAAAUUGAACAAAAUGGUAGCAUUUGAUGAAAGUCUGGAAAUUCCAGCAUCGUGUUUCAGUGAUGGUCGUUUGAAUAUGAACAAACGGUACAAGUUAUUUGCAGUAAUAUAUCACCAUGGUCAAGAUGCAAACAAGGGUCACUAUUCGGCCUCGAUAUUUCAUACGGGGCAGAGAAUUUGGAUUAGCUACAACGACGCAAUAGUACAGAAAACAGAUAUAAACAGUGUGCUAAAUUGUAAUAUCAACGAAAAAGUGCCCUAUCUUUUAUUAUACAGAAAGUUUGACUAGGAUAUUUGCAGAUGAGGAAGAUGAUAUUUGUCGCCUUGUAAAUAGAUAUGCCCGCUUGUUGUGUAUUGUGUCUCAUUCAUAUACGCAAUUGUAUUCAAAAUUAAUUCUUUG